GGCAGGAGGGGGCCGACUGGGGGAGGGACCGCAGAUUAGGGCCUAGGGGGCCACGUGACCCUCCCCCAGGAAUGCGGUGACGUCACAGGGGCGUGGCCGUCCCCAAAAUUAGGGAGGAAGGGGAAAAAAAAACCAGCCAGAAAAAGUUUCUUUCCUGGAGUCCCAAACGAGGUGUAGGACGGAAGAGGGGGCCGAGGUCAGAGGCCCUGGGCUCCGAGAGGCCCUGCCUGCUGUCUGGGGUCCCCCCCACCCCGUUCCAGACCAUGUCGGGGCCCACCUGGCUGCCCCCUAAGCAGUCGGAGCCCACCAGAGCCCCUCAGGGGAGAGCACUCCCCCGAGGUGCCCCGGGGCUGCCACCCGCCCACGGAACAGCACUCCAGCCCCACCCCAGGGUCAAUUUUUGCCCCCUCCCAUCUGAGCAGUGUUACCAGCCCCCCGGGGGACGCGAUGACCGGGGGCCAGCCUGGGUGGGGUCCCACGGAGCACCCCAGCGCUCCCAGGGGCUGCCCCCAGACAGGGGGGGCCUGCGCCCCGGCAGUCUGGAUGCUGAGAUAGACUCGCUGACCAGCAUGCUGGCCGAGCUGGAUGGGGGCCGUGGACACGCUCCCCGGAGGCCGGAGCGGCAGGCUUACGAGGCCCCUCAGCCCCCUGCCUACCGCGCAGGCUGCCUGAAGCCCAAUGGAGGGGGCGCCCCAGCCCCUCCGCCACCAGCAUCCCCCUAUGGGGGCCCCACACCGGCCUCCUACGCUACCGCCAGCACCCCAGCCGGCCCAGCCUUCCCGGUGCAAGUGAAGGUGGCACAGCCUGUGAGAGGCUGCGGCCCGCCCAGGCGGGGGGCCUCGCAGGCCUCUGGACCCCUUCCCGGCCCCCACUUUCCUCUUCCAGGCCGAGGGGACAUCUGGGGGGGUGGCUAUCGGAGCCACCGUGGGCCUGGGCCGGGGGGGAAAGAGGAGACUGUUGGGGUGUCUGGCUCUGCAGGAGGAUCCAGAGGCGGCGGGCACGGGCCGCAGGUCCCCCUGAGCCAGCCUGCUGAGGAGGAGCUGGAGAGGCUGACCAAGAAGCUAGUGCAGGACCUGAACCACCCGCCCAGCGGGGAGUACUUCGGCCGAUGUGGUGGCUGUGGAGAGGACGUGGUCGGGGAUGGCGCCGGGGUCGUGGCCCUGGACCGUGUCUUCCACGUGGGCUGCUUUGUGUGUUCCACGUGCCGGGCGCAGCUCCGGGGCCAGCAUUUCUAUGCCGUGGACAGGAGGGCGUACUGUGAGAGCUGCUACGUGGCCACCCUGGAGAAAUGUUCCACGUGCUCUCAACCUAUCCUGGACCGGAUCCUGCGGGCGAUGGGCAAGGCCUACCACCCUGGCUGCUUUACCUGCGUGGUGUGCCACCGUGGCCUGGACGGCAUCCCCUUCACCGUGGACGCCACCAGCCAGAUCCACUGCAUCGAGGACUUCCACAGGAAGUUUGCCCCGCGAUGCUCGGUGUGCGGCGGGGCCAUCAUGCCUGAGCCAGGGCAGGAGGAGACGGUGAGAAUUGUUGCCCUGGAUCGCAGCUUUCACGUCGGCUGUUACAAGUGCGAGGAGUGUGGGCUGCUGCUGUCGUCCGAGGGCGAGUGCCAGGGCUGCUAUCCGCUGGAUGGGCACAUUUUGUGCAAGGCCUGCAGCGCCUGGCGCAUCCAGGAGCUCUCAGCCACCGUCACCACCGACUGCUGAGGCUUCCCGGGUGCACCUGCUGCCUCAGCCCGUUCCGUUCCCGGUCGCUACCCCCCCCCACCUGCCUUUGCAACUUUGUUACCAAACGUCUCCUCUCCCUCCAAACGUCCUGAAAUAAUAAUCCGAGUUCACAACCCGCCAAGUCUGCUGUCCCAUGAUUGUCACAGUAGCAGCGCAAGCACCGUUACUGUUUAUCACACAGAUCCAGUGUGGGGCGAUUCUCAAAUGACGGAACCGAGAUCGGGACCUGGGCC